GCGAGCCUCUUCGCUCGCCGUCUGUCGCGCAGGAGGCUUCCCGGGUGCCUAUAUCGACACUGACAGAACAGAAGUUCCGUCGAAGAAAUGCGAGGGUCGGAGGCUCUUGGAGAAAGAGAUCCCCAGAGAGGGAGAAACAAGGGGUUCGUAUAUACGCUUGGGUGCGACGAGGACAGACGGUGACAGAUGCGGACGACGUGGCGGCGGCGACGGGCCAUCGUCGUGUGCAUGCCGUACUACACCGUCGUCGCUCUGCAAUGCGACAUUCGACCAUAAUACCAAUACACGUUUCCGCGACGCAGCCGCCACAAACGUCCUGGCACGCGGCUCGUUUGUCGCGUCGCGGAUCCCGACGUCGCCGUCUUUGUUCUCUGUCUGUCGGGUCGUUGUCGUUCCCGCUCGUAGAAUCGAUAUAUAUAUAUAUAUAUAUAUGUGCGAUUCGAUGUCGGUCAAACCCGAGGAAGUCGGCGACCGGCUAGACAGACGAGACGAGUCGCGCCGCCAGUGAGCGACGACGAUAUCUUUCUCUCUCUCGUUAACUCGCUCACGUCGGGGAAUUCUCGCGGGAGAAGUGUCAAUCGCGAGUGCAUUCCUGGAGAGAAGAAAUUCCCGCGAGAGAUCCCGAUUCAACCGAUCUUGGUAAGAGUGAGAUUUUGCUCCGGAUAUCGAGUUCUCAUUUCCAGGGAUGUGACAGCACAAAACUUGCGAGAAAUGUCAAUCCCGUGAAGAAUCGAAGGUCGUGCUAAGAAACACGUGGAAGAUCUUCGGAGCGGAGUUUGUAAUGAAUGCAUGGGAAAAUAAGGGAAAAAUUUAGAAAAGGGAUGACAGUGAAAGACUAUAUUUUAAGGCCUCUAUAUAUUCUAUAAAAAUCUGGCUCCAUUAUCGAGAAGCACGAGUCGAAUCCUUCGAGGGAACGCAGUCGUAUAAUAAAAAAAAAAAAAAAUAAAAGGAGAGCGAAACGAAGAAGGAUGUGCAGUGAAUGCUUGAAAUGUUUGAUUCUGUAAAAAGAUCCCUCAAGAACCAAUUAGACUAAUAUAUAUUUUCAAGACUCUUAAAGAGUUUCGAUUUUCAUAAAGAAUACAAGUGGAGCAAUUAAAAGACAGUUAAUUAUAUCUUGAAUAUUCAAUAUGAGGGAAAAUUCAAAGACAUCUCGCGCGCGAAGAAAUUCCAUGUUCUGUAAACUGUACUAGAAAGACACUUUAAAAUUAUUUGCUCGGGAUUGCAUUGGAUAUAUUCAAUUUAUUGCACAAUAAAUCUGCAACUAAAGGAGGCGAAGCGAGCUUCUCGAUUUCGAUUCAUCACUCUCCCGUCGACGCGUUCUUCAGAGAGAAAUUUUCACAUUGCAACGUCGGGGAAAGCGGAACGGGACAUACCCAGGAAAACGAUCUAUGAGACACACAGCACAACACAACAGGACGACAACACACUGGGAAGGUCGAGUCACGUGACACAGCGUUCGGCCAAACAAUAUUUUGAUCGCGCCACGAUACACAUUCGCAAUUUGACGUGAAAUAUCCGAUCAUCGGAGGAGAUAUACGACGACGUAUCGGUGCGGAAAAGUGCAGUUUGGGCCCGAUCGCGAAAUCGAAUCGAUUCGAAUAUCGUAGUGCGGUACUUGGGAGAUGUGACGAACGCUCGUGCGUGAGCAGAAACUGACCAGAGAUUGUAAAUGGUCCCGUUUUUAUAGACGCACGUCUCGCCGAUCUCUUCGAUUUCAUGAAUAAGGAAGAACACGGAGUCACCGUGGAACCGGUGAAAGGAAAAAUGCGUCCCGCAGUGGUACCUUCGUCAAACGCAGCUCUGCCGCCGUUUAUAGGGCCUAAUCUGGUCGGCACGUCGUUUACCAGUUAUAAAAGGGCCUGGUGGAAAAAAGUGGCCCCCUGCUUGGCCUUCAUCUCUGCCUUUUGCACAGCUAUGGCUGUGCUUCUCGUCUGGAGCGAAGCGGCAGCUUUGAGGAAACAGGCGUUCGAUGCGAAUAUGACCAGGGACUACGUGCUUGAAAGCGUUUCGAUGGACAAUCCGCAAUUGAUCGCGUACAUACGACAGGUGCAUCUGAAAUCCACGACCCAUCAGGACCCGUUGAACGCCAACGAAACGUCGGAGGAAAAGUAUGUGGUCAGCUUGUCGCAGAGCAAGCGCGAGGGUAUCUACGUGGAGUACAUCAGCAGGAUAGGCGUAACUUCCAGCACAACUUGGCUAGAGUCCAAUCUGAAUUGGCGUGGUAUUCUGAUACUAACCGAGCCCAAGAACUUUUUCGAAGCGCAGCGAAGCAGCAGGAAUCCGCGAUCGAGAGUUCUCCAUGCCUGUCUCAGCACAGACACGGAUACCAAAGAGAUAAAGUAUCACCAGGAGUCGGAGGUGCAGGUCACCAAAUUGGGCGACGGUCCUAACAGCCUUGUUUCGGACGACGGCUUUCCUACCACUAGGCUCAAGUGUUUUCCUCUCUAUAGCGUACUGUUGGCGUAUAACAUUACAACCUUGGAUUAUCUAAGCAUAGACAGUCCUGAUGCUCCCGAUGGCCAGGUACUCGACACCAUCCCUUGGGAUAUUAUAAGAAUAUCGAUACUGUCGAUACGCUGGCAUCCCAAUCAUAGCGAGACAGAGACGAAGAACUUUAUCGACAAGAUGACCAGUCGAAGAUUCAAGCACGUACACACGACAGACACCGGAAAGUGGAUAUUUUUGUACAAUACUCUGCGUAAGAUUUGAUUCUUGACUCAGGUUAAUGCGAUGGACAUAGAGAGGAGGGAGUCUGUCGCAGCGAUUCGAGACGCCAUUAACCCUUCUCGCUGCGCUUUUGAUUCGUUCUUAAUAUUUUAAUUACUGCCUAAAAAAAUAUUUCUUUCGAUCAAAAGUGCGAUCUCCCAUUUGAUCUCACGCAAGGACGAUUUAAUUUCACCGUCGAUAUUAAGGACACCGGAAGUAAUCAAUCCUAUGGAAAGAGUUUUCUGUCGAAUUUUCGAAUUUGUUGUCUCGGCACUUAACAAAAGGUAAGUAUGUCUUUCUUGCAAUUUAUAGGAUAUAAAAUGGCAACUUGAAAUGAGUAUUACUCAUUAACAAUCAUCGAUUGAAUCUCGAAAGACUCAUGAAUUUAAGAAUUUUUGAUCAAAGUUACAAUGGAAGAUAUAUAAUGAUUAUAUUUUGAACGAUUCAACGAUUUAAAGAAUUCAGUCGAAAUUAGAACCGAGAAAUUAAGAGAUUUUGAUUUUUCAGAAACUCAAAGGUACAAAAUUCUUUAAAUUAAAUAAAAAACUUAGGAAUUAAAUUUUGAGAGAGGGAUUUAUUUAUUUUUUUCAGAUUCUGAAAUAUUUAAAAUUGUAAUUUAAGUUUCAAAGAUCUUAUAAUGUAUCUCGACUCCAAAUUAUAUUGUAUAAAAUUUAAGAAUUCCCUCAAAUUGUUUUUGUAUGUAGUCUUCUUAUAAAUUGCCCUUAUCCAGGAGAUAAAUUGUGAUCCUACAUCUAAAAAGUUGUGUAACCUUGAGAAAUCGAGAAUUCGGAUUACUCUCCGGCGUUCUUGAUAUACAUUUAUCGAACCGUCAAUAAAGGAUUCAAAGAUUUCUCUCAUCGACGCAGACGAAAUGUAGUGACAUCGUAUUCUAAACACGCGUAUAUUUUGCAGUUGCUAUGACGGAAACGUGCGAAUCCUUAAAUCUGUUUCAUAGAUACAUGACUCUCUACAUAUGUCUUAUUAUCGCGAGACGUGCUACGAUUUUUCUCAUGAUUGUUUUCUUUUUUUCAGUUUACUUUACGAGAAUCGAUAACUACUAACAAGUCUGAUAAGAGAGAGCUUUUUUUAAUUUCUCUAUUUAUGUGUGCAAAUGACACGUACGAUAAAGACUGAGAUUCCGUGUGAAAACACAGAACCGCUUUCCCACCUUCUUGUGGCAUUUCAUUUCUUUCGCGAGAAAAUACUUUCAAAUCAUGCGACAUCAUUAUAAUGUCUAUUUAUUUCAUACAUAUCGUACACGCGAAUGAUUAAUGUGAUUCAUCUCAAUAGAUAUUCCAAAUAUUCCAAUAAUUCAUAUCUAUUUACAUGAUAAAAAUACAAAAGAAAUUUCUAAAUUAUAGAUACUAAUUUUUUCACAAGUCAAACGCGUGACAGUUUGUAUUAAAAAAUUGAUAUUGUGUACAAACUGAUUUUCUUCAUUAUUUCACGUGUCUGUAAAAUACGUGUAUUAGCAAAAGUGAUUGACUUUGUGCAUAGAUUACUUGAUUAUCAUUCUUUGCUACGUUCUUCAAUUUUUAUCCUAAUGAGAAAUAACGCGAAAUUGAUUUGAUCUCGAGAAAGCGAAAGAGCACAGAUGGUGAAGUUUUCGUAGUUUUUGUAGAAUGUAGAAUUUUAGUUUUAGGAGAAAAAUGAUUGGAACCGUAGUAGAAGGUGAGAAAUUAACUCUUUCGGCUGAGUUAAAUAAUAGUUUAUUUAUUUCUGUCUUUGUAAUUUUUUUUUCCUAAUAGAAUAUAUGAAAAAUUCGUGUAAAAAUGCAAUUUUUACGGUAUAAGAAUCGGAUAUUCAAAGCUCUUUGAAGUUUCGAUAGAUUUAAAAGUUAAAGUGCCCUCAGGACACAAAUUCUUUGAGACUUUUACUGAGCUAUGAAUCUGAUGAUUCAAAUAUUCAAGAGACCCCAUUGCUUAAUGAUUCAAGAAAAUCUACUCCUCUCGAAAAUCCAAUCCUCGAUAAAUCCUGCUCAGUCAUAGAAGAGUUUAACUAUCCAUGUCUGAUACCUUCCACACCAAAAAGCGAGAAGAAACCUUACUUUUCGUACGAUUUUAUGGUAGCACGUUUUAAUAUAAGGUAAGUUAGAGCGACAGAGUAAUCGAUAGUAAUGCGUUUUUUACGAAGGGAGCGUCGACUUUUUAUUUUUUAAGGGACAUUGCACGCGUGUGCGAGCAUCGUCGUCAAUGCGGCACACGCGACAAUGUGUUAUCACGGUGAUAAGCAAGUGAGUUAAUCUAAGAUAUUUUUUAAGCUCCCGCAUAUAUUCGCGCACAGAGAAAUAGCGACCGUCCGAAUCUCAUCUUUAUAUUUAUACCAAGCACGUUCUUCAUGUCACGUGUUACACGUUUUUCAUGGAUCAAAUGAUAAAAAAAAAAUGAUUUAUGAUCAAUUUGAUCCGUGGUUUAUCAUAAUUUUGAAUAUUUGCAUUAAGUGUUUACACGUGUGACAUGGAAUGGGAACGAUAAAUACCUAAAAUACAGGCCUUAUUAGUACGUAAGAUAAUAUUUUCUACAUAGAAUAGCAUCGAUAAGUAACAUUAAUCUGCGCAAAGUAGUUCUCGCAUUUGUUAAAUUCUACCUCCUCGAUAGGAAUCUAUACAUUUAAUUAAGUAUAUCUCUAGGUAUUAUUUUUUAGAUAUAUAUUAAUUCUCUACAAAUUUUAAGCUUUCGCGCGAUACGUCUGUAAAAAUUUUAGAGAGAUAAGAAAUUACAUAUAGUGUUUAUUAUUAAUAUAUGUAUAUGUGUAAAUACAUAUUUCUUAUUUAA